AUGGCUCCUCCACGUUUAUCAAAGAAGAGAAAGGACGUCGCGGAGUCGGACGAGUCGGACGAUGGUCUCGCUGGGACUGCGCUCGAAGGCGUCCUAUCCGACGACGAGGGCAAUGAUUCCGGGUCUGAAUCCGACCCCAACUCGGAGGACUUUAAUGACCCCGACGACGAUGAUAUUGGCAACGACUUCGACGCUACGAGUGUUUCUAGCGCAGAUGACGACGAAUCAAAGCCCAAUUACAAGGUCGUGAAGGACGCCAAUGGCAAUGAGCGAUACGAGUAUGCCGAGAUCGAUCCUGUCUACGACAGCGACGAUUCCGAUGCCAACGAGAAGGGCAAUACCAUUGGAAACAUCCCGCUGUCUUUCUACGACUCUUACCCUCACAUCGGUUACGAUAUCAACGGAAAGAAGAUCAUGCGCCCAGCGACUGGAGACGCCCUCGACGCACUCCUCGAAACUAUUGAAAUCCCCAAGGGAUGGACAGGUCUCACGGAUCCCCAGACCGGAAAGCCCUUGGAGCUCACACGGGAGCAGCUGGAAUUGCUUCGCCGCCUCCAGACUUCGCAGAUCCCAGAGGAGAACUAUGACCCAUAUCCCGAUCUGAUUCCUUACUUCACAAGCAUCGAGGAGAAGAUGCCUCUCAGCUCCGCUCCCGAACCGAAGCGACGCUUCCUCCCGUCCAAGCACGAGGCUAAGCGGAUCGCAAAGCUGGUCCGGGCUAUCAAGGAAGGAAGAAUCUUGCCAUACAAGCCCCCUGAGGAGCGAGAACGAGAGAAGGGUGAGGAGGAGGAAGUCCAUUACGACAUCUGGGCGAACGAGGAGGCCCAGGAACGCCACAUCAUGAACAUCCCCGCCCCCAAGCUGGCACCUCCUGGCUACGACCUCAGUUACAACCCACCCCCGGAGUACCUGCCCACACAGGAGGAGAGGGAGGCCUGGGAGAAGAUGGAUCCCGAAGAGCGCGAGAAGGAGUACUUGCCAGCCAAGUUCGAUGCCCUGCGCAAGGUUCCCGGAUACGGCGAGUUUGUCAAGGAGAGGUUCGAGCGCAGUCUCGACCUCUACCUUGCUCCCAGAGUGCGCAAAAACAGGCUCAACAUCGACCCCAACUCAUUACUGCCCAAGCUCCCCAGCCCAGAGGAGCUCAAGCCCUUCCCAACUGUCUGCCAGGCCAUCUUCAAGGGACACGAGGGCCGCGUACGUACUGUCUCCUUCAGCCCCGACGGAGAGUGGAUUGCCUCUGGCGGCGACGACGGCACUGUUCGCGUCUGGUCACUCAACGGCCAUCAAGAGUGGGUUGCCCGUCUCAGCACCGAGGAACCCGUCCAGGUCGUCAGGUGGCGCCCCAACAAAGAGACCUUUAUCCUCGCCGCCGUCGCCGGCGAGGACCUCUUCUUCGCCGUGCCCCCCCUGGUCAGCGACGCACUAGAGAAGGCCAGCAGAGACGUAAUCGACGUCGGCUUCGGCCAUGCCACCAACGGAGCCGUCCCCACGACCGCCGACGGCGCCAAGAAGGAACCCCCAGCCAAGUGGUCCAGGCCGGGCUCCAAGCUCGAGGCCGCCGGGGUCCUCCUCAAGGCCACCGUCCGCGCGUCCAUCAAAACCCUCAGCUGGCACCGCCGCGGCGACUUCCUCUGCACCGUCUCCCCCACCGGCCAGCGCAGCUCCGUCGCCAUCCACACCCUCUCCAAGCACCUCAGCCAGAUCCCCUUCCGCCGCCUCCCCGGCCUCGCCCAGGCCGCCCACUUCCACCCCUCCCGCCCCUACUUCUUCGUUGCCACCCAGCGCAUGAUCCGCUGCUACGACCUCCAGCGCCAGGAGCUCGUCAAGGUCCUCCAGCCCGGCGCACGCUGGAUCUCGGGCUUCGACAUCCACCCGGGCGGCGACAACCUCAUCGUCGGCUCCUACGACCGCCGCCUCCUCUGGCACGACCUCGACCUCUCCAACCGCCCUUACAAGACCAUGCGCUUCCACUCCGAGGCCGUCCGCGCCGUCAGGUACCACCGCGCCCUCCCUCUCUUCGCCGACGCCAGCGACGACGGCUCCCUCCAGAUCUUCCACGGCAAGGUCGUCAGCGACCUCAUGGAGAACGCCACCAUCGUCCCUGUCAAGAUGCUCAAGGGCCACAAGAUCGUCAGCAAGCUCGGCGUCCUCGACGUCGACUGGCACCCCCGCCAUCCCUGGUGUAUAAGCGCAGGCGCGGACGGGACCUGCCGACUGUGGGCUUAG